CGGUCUUAUAAAUCAAUGGAUAAAGUGGGGAAAAUGUGGAAUAACUUCAAAUACAGGUGUCAGAAUCUCUUCAGUCAUGAGGGAGGAAGCCGUAGUGAAAAUGUGGAUAUGAACUCCAACAGAUGUUUGUCUGUCAGAGACAAAAACAUCUGUAUAGGAGACUCAGCUCCUCAGCAACAAAGCAGUCCCUUAAGAGAAAAUGUUGCCUUACAACUGGGGUUAAGCCCUUCACAGAAUUCUUCGAGGAGACACCAAAACUGUGCCACUGAAAUUCCUCAGAUUGUUGAAAUAAGCAUUGAAAAGGAUAAUGACUCAUGUGUCACCCCAGGAACAAGACUUGCAAGAAGAGAUUCCUUCUCUCGACAUGCUCCUUGGGGUGAGAAGAAGAAACAUUCCUGUUCUACAAAGACACAGAGUUCACUGGAUACUGAUAAAAAGUUUGGUAGAACUCGAAGUGGACUUCAAAGGAGAGAGAGGUGAUACGGUGUAAGCUCUGUGCACGACAUGGACAGCGUUUCCAGCAGUAGCGUAGGAAGUCGCUCUCUGAGACAGAGGUUGCAGGAUACUGUGGGCUUGUGUUUUCCCAUGAGAACUUACAACAAGCAGUCAAAGCCCCUCUUUUCUAAUAAAAGAAAAAUACACCUUUCUGAAUUAAUGCUUGAGAAAUGCCCUUUUCCUGCUGGCUCGGAUUUGGCCCAAAAAUGGCAUUUGAUUAAACAGCAUACAGCCCCUGUGAGCCCACAUUCAACAUUUUUUGAUACAUUUGAUCCAUCCUUGGUUUCUACAGAAGAUAGGCUUCGAGAGAGAAGGCGGCUUAGUAUUGAAGAAGGGGUUGACCCCCCUCCCAACGCACAAAUACAUACGUUUGAAGCCACUGCACAGGUUAACCCGUUAUAUAAACUGGGACCAAAGUUAGCUCCUGGAAUGACUGAAAUAAAUGGGGACAAUUCUGCAAUUCCACAAGCUAACUGUGACUCUGAAGAGGACACAACCACGCUAUGUUUGCAGUCACGGAGGCAGAAGCAACGUCAGGUAUCUGGAGACAGCCAUGCCCACGUUAGCAGACAGGGAGCUUGGAAAGUCCAUACACAGAUUGAUUACAUACACUGCCUCGUGCCGGAUUUGCUUCAGAUCACAGGUAAUCCCUGUUACUGGGGAGUGAUGGACCGUUACGAAGCAGAAGCCCUUCUGGAAGGGAAACCUGAAGGUACAUUUUUGCUCAGGGACUCUGCGCAGGAGAACUACCUCUUCUCUGUGAGCUUCCGUCGCUACAACAGAUCCCUGCAUGCCCGAAUCAAACAGUGGAAUCACAACUUUAGUUUUGAUGCUCACGACCCGUGUGUGUUUCACUCCUCCACUGUAACAGGACUUUUGGAACAUUACAAAGACCCCAGUUCUUGCAUGUUUUUUGAACCAUUGCUUACGAUAUCACUAAAUAGGACUUUCCCUUUUAGCCUGCAGUACAUCUGCCGUGCAGUCAUCUGCAGAUGCACUACGUAUGAUGGAAUUGAUGGGCUCCCUUUACCGUCAAUGUUACAGGAUUUUUUAAAAGAGUAUCAUUAUAAACAAAAAGUUAGAGUUCGCUGGCUAGAACGAGAACCAGUCAAGGCAAAGUAAACCCUCCUGUCCCCAAAGGGCAUUAACUAGAUCUGCUUUUAUGUGCAUCGGGCAGUACACCUCUA